AUGUCAAAGGACGACGCUGCUUCAGCCUACGUACCUCCACAGCUUCUCGACUUAACGAUCGACAACAUUACAGCGAAUACAAAACUCGUAAAUGGUCCAUCGGCCGACCCUCGGUUGAAGUUCUUAAUAGAAAAAUUGGUUGAUCACCUUCAUGAUUAUGUACGGGAAACUCAAAUUACCAAUGAAGAAUGGAUGGUUGGGCUUCAUUGUCUAACCAGAUGCGGGCAAAUGUGCACUGAUAUCCGUCAAGAGUUUAUUCUUUUAAGUGAUGUUCUCGGACUGACUGUUCUUGUUGAUGCAUUGAGCAAUCCUAAACCGCCUGCCGCUACAGAGUCAACCGUCUUGGGACCAUUCCACACAAAUGAUGCGCCAGAUGUGGCCAAUGGUGACAGCAUUGCCUCACCUGGUAAGGGGGAAAGGUGUCUUGUAAUUGCUACCGUGAAUGACACUGAUGAGAAACCAAUUGAAGGAGCCAAGAUCGAUGUCUGGGAGACUGAUGGCCACGGCCAUUAUGACAUCGAGUACGAUGAGCGACACAGACCAGAUAUGCGUGGUAUUCUUACAUCGAACAAGCAUGGGGAGUUCUACUUCAAGUGUGUCAGGCCUGUAUCGUAUUCUGUUCCUACUGAUGGUCCCGUUGGACAAUUACUAAAGAAACUCGAUCGACAUUCUAUUCGGCCAGCACACAUACACUUCCGUAUUAAUGUUCCCGGAGACAAAUACAGUGAACUCGUUACAACAUUGUUCUUACGCGGGGAUCCACACCUGACGACCGAUGCCGCAUUCGGUGUCAAGCGUAGUCUCAUUGUCAAUGUAGGAAGAAUAGAAGAUGCAUCGAUCGCUAAGAAAUAUGAUGUUGACGAGCAGGAUUGGCUGAUCCGAUGGGACUUUGUGAUGACUACACAUGACGAGGUCAAUGCAUUAAAGAAGAGUUUGGAAAGAAAGAACAACACUUUGUGA